GAUGGAUGCUUCUGGGAGGUCCACUGGAGCCAAAUAUGAGUGCUUGCUCUUUGAUAUGGAUGAUACUCUGUACCCCGUGAGCUCUGGUCUCAACUUGGCUUGCCGCAAGAACAUAGAAGAGUUCAUGUUGCAACAAUUGCAUAUGGAAGAAGCUCAAGUGCCAAGGAUGUGCUUGGAAUUGUACAAGGAAUACGGGACAACAAUGGCCGGCCUAAAGGCUCUGGGUUAUGAAUUUGAUAAUGAUGAGUUCCAUGCUUAUGUCCAUGGAAGAUUGCCCUACGAAGUCCUUAAGCCCGAUCCAGUUCUAAGGAACGUUCUACUUUCCAUGCCACAGCGCAAAAUAAUCUUCACUAAUGCCGAUGAAGCACACGCUGCUCAAGUUCUUGAUAGGUUGGGUUUGGAAGAUUGUUUUGAAGGUGUCAUAUGCUUUGAAACUCUUAACCCUACUCCCCUUGAGCUGGAUGAUUGCAUGGAUAUGCCAGAUGGAGAUGCAAUCCUUGCAGGAGAUUCCCCAGAGGUCGAUGCCGUUGGUUUAAGUUUCAGCUCCAAAUCACGAGUCCUCUGCAAACCCUCUGUGGAAGCCAUUGAAGCUGCCAUUCAAAUAGCAAAUGUUGACCCGAAGAAAACAAUUUUCUUUGAUGACAGUGUCCGAAACAUUGCAAGUGGGAAAGCAGCCGGCCUCCAUACUGUUCUUGUGGGGAGCUCAAUACUGGUGCCUGGUGCAGACCAUGCCUUGAGUAGCAUCCACAAUAUCAAAGAAGCACUACCUGAAAUAUGGGAAGGUGAAGGAGAACAGAUUGAACAAGUUAUUCAGCCCAGUGCAGUUGAAACCUUUGUUCUUGCAUAGGCUUCCCCUCAGCCAGACAUUAA